AUGGAUACCACGGAUCCAGCUACGAUUUCGAUGAUCACUGAAAGGAUCAAAACUUUAGAACCAGAGAACGCUUCCAAAAUCAUUGACUAUUUCAUGUCGCAGGAGAUUGCAGAACUUAGAUUGAUUCGUAUGGCUUUUGGCCCUAACGCUCUCAUCGAAGAGUUUUGUCGAGAAGCUAAAUACGAAUUGGGUCUUCUUCCGAGAGGUUCCUCGUUAAACCGUGAUGCGAGACCCUUCUAUUUCCAUGACAGGCCAUUGCCUCCGUCUUCCACAAGAAAUGAGUUCUUGGAUUUCUCGAGGAACCCUAACAACGCAGCUUUGCAUCCUUCCUUAAUCAGAUAUAACCCUAACUUCAAUUCUAGUCCCUUUCAUGACGGUUCGUCGCAACAACGACAACAGUUGAGUUUGUUUGCAACUGAUGCGUAUCAGUUUCCACCAGGCGGUUUUGGGUCGCCGACUCAACAAAGAAUGAUUGCUGCUCAGUCCGUCGGGGAUUUUGGCUCUCAGAUGUCGAACAGACAAGGAUCAGGACGAUUUGGAGUAGAAGGUGGUCUUAGGUCGCCGAGUGAGCAACAAAGCAUGAUUGCUGCUAAGUCCGUGGCGGAUUUUGGCUCUCCGAUGUCAAACAGACAAGGAUCAGGACAAUUUGGACAAGGUUACUGUUAUAGUCCCGGAAGCCAUGAAAGAGAAGAUCUAGUCUCUAAAACGAUUUUCUUGGCAUUUCAACCUACGAGCUCCUUCACUAAUGAAGACGUCUCAACUUAUUUCAGCAAAUUUGGAGCAGUGGAAGAUGUAGACAUUCCAUAUCAGCAGAAACGGAUGUUUGGGUUUGUCACUUUUGCUAAUGAUCAAACCGUGGGAAGAAUAUUGGCUCGACAAAACCCUCAUCUCAUCAGUGACUCAUGGGUGACCGUUAAACCAUACAAGGGGAAAGAAAAAAGGGAGAAGCAGCAGCAACAAGUACACCAGCUGUUGGAGGGAGGAAACUGUUCACCUUCUUCAAGUCCUUCUGGAUUGGACGACUCAAGGGAACUAUAUAAUUGUCGCAUUGGACCAAGGAAGACACGGGAGAUGCUGCGAAGGAAAACCGAGCAAGCUGAUGUACAAUUGCCUGACAUGGAGAAUCUCUCUAUUCACCGUCACCAGCAUAGUCCUUCUACCGGUUCGCCGGCUCAUUUACUGUCUCAAGUCAUGGAAGGCGAUAGUGAUAGAGGUGAGCAAGUAGAAACCAACAACGAAGAAACCAGCCUAGUAUAG